GAUGGCGGAGCAGAAUCUCAGACAGAUUGACGGGAUAGAUGGCGAGGAAGAGGCUGACGAUGGAAGCGGCUUUACGCUGCAGGAGGUGCUGCGCCUCGGCGGGACCAAACAAGAUUAUAUCAUGCUUUCCGCUUUGGAUGAGAUGGAAGAACUUGUAGAUGGUGGCAAAAAAGGAGCAAUCGAUGAUCUAAACCAAGGAGAAUUGGAGGCAUUUAUAAAUUCACUAGGUGUGAGCCAAUAUUCAAAAAAAUUCCUGGUGGAAGAAGAAAAAGAAGAGGAUGGAACAGCAGUAGAAAGGGUGGGAAAGCCCCCACAAAAAGAAAAAAUUAACCGAAAGGAAGUAGAUAUAACUACAGUAGGAAAAACAGAAAACAAAGUAAAAGGAAGUAAAGAAAACAUACAGUCAAGUAAUGCCAAAGAUAGUAAGAAAAAGCCAGUUCCUGGUAGUAAUGAGAACAGUGCUCUGCUGCUGGGGAAAAAGAAAGCAAAGGAAGAAGAAGCUUUUCAGUUUCAUGAGCGGCAGGUGCUGCUGAUAAAACCAGGGGGCAAAUGGUAUGAUCUGGAGUAUACAAGUGAAUUUUCUACUGAGCCUCAAAAUCAGUCUCUUGUAUCCAGGUAUAAGGCUUUGGCUGAAAAGCUGUACCAGCAGGAGGCAGACCUCUACAAGAACAAGACAAAUCUGCGGAAAGGAUCGUCAUCUGCUUGGGUGAAAACCGUUGUGUCAUCAGGUACUCUUGCUGACAGAAUGGCUGCUAUGACCCUUCUUAUCCAAGAUGCUGCUGUCCAUUCACUUUCAUUCAUAGAGACCCUGGUGAAUCUGAUCAAAAAGAAAGGCAGCAGAAGACAGAGCUUAAUGGCCCUGGAUACUUUCAAGGAGCUUCUCAUAACACAUAUUUUACCAGACAGUCGGAAGUUGCACACUUUCUCUCAACAUCCUUUUGACACUCUGGAGAAGCUUUCGAGUGGCAACAGGGACUCGAGGGACAGACGCCUGAUACUGUGGUAUUUUGAGCAUCACCUGAAGCACUGGGUGGCUGAAUUUGUGCAGGUGCUGGAAUCGCUGACCCACGAUCCCCUUGUGGCAACGAAGGCUCGUGCGCUUGCUGUUGCUCAUGAACUUCUUUGUAAUAAAGUAGAGCAAGAGAAAGCCUUUCUGGUGCAGUUGGUAAAUAAACUGGGAGAUCCUCAAAACAAAGUAGCCACCAAAGCAUCUUAUCUUCUAGAGACUUUGCUUCAUAAGCACCCCAACAUGAAAGGAGUGGUGUGUAAUGAAGUGGAGAGGCUUCUCUACAGAUCAAACAUUAACCCCAAAGCACAAUAUUAUGCCGUUUGCUUUUUGAAUCAGAUAGUCCUCAGCCACGAGGAGUGUGAAUUAGCUAACAAACUCGUAACACUUUACUUUUGCUUUUUUCGGUCUUGCGUCAAGAAGAAAGAUGUUGAAUCCAAAAUGCUUAGUGCACUAUUGACAGGGGUGAACAGAGCUUACCCUUAUGCUCAGGCUAGCGAUGAAAAAAUAAAAGAGCAGAUGGAUACUUUGUUUAAGGUUUUGCAUCUUGUGAACUUCAGCACCAGCAUCCAGGCAUUGAUGUUACUGUUCCAAGUGAUGGACUCCAGCCAGACCGUGUCUGACCGAUACUACAUAGCCUUGUACAAGAAGCUGCUGGAUCCAGGAUUAGCAUUAUGUGCCAAGCAGUCUAUGUUUCUCAACCUUGUCUAUAAAUCUUUGAAGGCUGAUAUAGUACUACGUCGGGUGAAAGCUUUUGUGAAGCGAUUGCUUCAAGUCACCUGUGGACAAAUGCCAACUUUCACCUGUGGAGCCCUGUACCUUCUGUCUGAACUUCUCAAAGUAAAACCAGGCUUAAGGGUGCAGCUACAGGAUCAUGUGGAAUCUGAUGAUGAGGAACAUUUUCAUGACCAUGAGGAAGCCGGAGAGGAGGAAGAAAGCUUUGUAGAUGCAGACAAAGAGAUCAAAAGUAAAAGAAUUGGAGAGGCUGUGAAACCUCAUGACCCAGUUUCAGGAGCGUCAUGGGUACAUCACCAGAAUCUAACAGGUGGCAAGAAUGUGGGUGGCUAUGAUCCAUUACAUCGAAAUCCUUCAUACUGUGGAGCUGAUAGAACAAGUUUUUGGGAACUAAAGAAGCUUUCAGAACACUUUCAUCCAUCGGUGGCCCUUUUUGCAAAAACAAUCCUAGAGGGCAAUUACAUUGAAUACUCGGGAGAUCCUCUGCAAGAUUUCACACUAAUGAGAUUCUUGGAUCGUUUUGUUUACAGAAAUCCCAAAGUUCGUAAGGGCAAAGAGAACACCAGCAGUGUGGUAAUGCAACCAAAGAAGAAACAGUCAAUGAAUGAUGUGCGAAAUCUUGCUGUUAAUAGUAAGGAGUUCCUUGCACAAGAUGAAAGCAAAAUCCCAGUAGAUGAACUAUUUUUCCACAGAUUUUAUAAGAAGUUAGACACAGAGAAGGAGAAACGGAAACCUGUGAGAGAUGAUGAAAGUGUGGAAGAUGUAGAUGACGAUGAGUUUGAAAGAGCACUCGACUCAUUUGAACAAGAUAGUUAUUUUGAUACAAUUGUCAAGGACGACCUUAAUUUUGCUGGAAAUAUACAAGGCAAAGGGAAAAAGAAAAGUCGAAGUGAUGAAGUAGAGUGGGAAGCUUCUGACGAGGACGAUUUCGAUGAACUUGAUGAUGAGGAAGUCUCUCUGGGUAGUAUGGAUGAAGAAUUUGGGGAAGACGGUGAAGAAGGAGGGAUUUUCAUGGAUGUGUCUGAUGAUGAUAAUACUCCAGGUGAAAAUAAAGAAACUCAAGUCAAACUGGCUAGUAAGAAAAGUAAACGAAAAAAAGAAAUGGAUUUUGCUGGAUCAAUUAAAGGGUCGAAGGAAAGCAAGAAAAGAAAACUCAAAGAUACUGGCAUUCUUGCUGCUGCAGAAGAAUUUGGUUACUUACUAGAUGAAAACGUUGGGUCCAAAUUUGACAGUAUUGGGAUGAAUGCAAUGGCUAACAAAGAUAAUGCAAAUUUCAAACAGCUCAGGUGGGAGGCAGAGCGUGACAACUGGAUUCACAAUAGAGAUGUGAAAAGUAUCAUCAAGCAGAAAAAGAAGUUCAAGCACAAAAUGCUGAAAAACAAAGACAGAAGCAAAAAGAACAGAAAAUCAAUAUAGAACCUUUCAUAUAAACUAUUUAAAGGCUCUUUCUACUUACAUCUAGU